UGAAGUCCUGUAUAGAAGCGCAGGUUUAAGCAUAAACCCUAACCCUACUUUGCACAAAAAUUUCGGAGAAAACAUGACUCAGAAAGCCAACCAAUUCAAAGGUCAACAGAAGCGGAAAACGAUUCCUCCCAAUCGCCAUGGCAAAGUCCCCCAAACUCGUAAAGGGAAAAGAUUUGUGAAGCCAUCAAAGAUCACCAAAGAGAUGGAAACAGAUCGGGAAUUGAGCAAGUUCAUAAACUACUGCAAUGAGACGAAGGCUGCUACUCUAGCCAACAAAGAAGGCGGCCAACUCAGUAUUGUUAAAGCCCCGUUGGAUGCUGGUAAUAGUAGUGCGAAGAAAGAGGGUAAUAGUAGUGCGAAGAAAGAGUAGAGCGUUCGGAUGUUCGACGUGAUAGAUUAGCGUGAAAUUAUUUGUAAUAUUGUUAUUUCUUGCUACAUUUUUUUUAUCUUCCCACCCCAUUGAGAAGGGAAAAGGGUGUGUUGGGUUGUUCCUUUUCUAACACAUUUCCCAAUUUUGUGUCUAGUGAAUCUGUUACUACUACAUACAUAUAUAUAGUCUUCAUACUCUAUAUGCGAGAUCUCGCAAUGUUGAGUUGCAAAUUUGAGUAAUCAUGAAAAAAAAUAUUGAGCGGCCAUUUU